AUGACGUCACAGUAUCGGGAUCCUCUUUCCCUGCGCAUCUCGGAAGUCGGGGUGGAAGUGCUGGUGGCCGGCAUAGGUGCGGAAGGUGAGGAGCGGGGGAAAGCCUUUGCGAAAGCCUCAAAUCUUAGUGUACAUAGGAGAAUUCACACAGGAGAGAAACCGUAUAAAUGUAAGGAAUGUGGGAAGGCCUUUGCUCAAUCCUCAAGCCUUGGUGUACAUAGGAGAAUUCACACUGGAGAGAAACCGUAUACAUGUAAGGAAUGUGGGAAGUCCUUUGCUGAAUCCUCAAAGCUUAGUGUACAUAGGAGAAUUCACACUGGAGAGAAACCGUAUAUAUGUAAGGAAUGUGGGAAGUCCUUUGCUGAAGCCUCAAGCCUUCGUGUACAUAGGAGAAUUCACACUGGAGAGAAACCGUAUAUAUGUAAGGAAUGUGGGAAGGCCUUUGCUGGAGCUUCAAAACUUACUGUACAUAGGAGAAUUCACACUGGAGAGAAACCGUAUAUAUGUAAGGAAUGUGGAAAGGCCUUUGCUACAGCCUCAAGCCUUAAUGUACAUAGGAGAAUUCACACUGGAGAGAAACCGUAUAUAUGUAAUGAAUGUGGAAAGGCCUUUGCUUUGGCCUCAAGACUUAGUGAACAUUGGAAAAUUCACACUGGAGAGAGACCCUAUGUUUGUAAGGAAUGUGGAAAGGCCUUUAUUUUGGCCUCAAGACUUAGUGUACAUAGGAGAAUUCACACUGGAGAGAAACCGUAUAUAUGUAAGGAAUGUGGGAAGUCCUUUGCUGAUGCCUCAAGCCUUAGUGUACAUAGGAGAAUUCACACUGGAGAGAAACCGUAUAUAUGUAAGGAAUGUGGGAAGGCCUUUGCUAAAUCCUCAAGCCUUACUAUACAUAGGAGAAUUCACACUGGAGAGAAACCGUAUAUAUGUAAGGAAUGUGGGAAGUCCUUUGCUGAUGCCUCAAGCCUUAGUGUACAUAGGAGAAUUCACACUGGAGAGAAACCGUAUAUAUGUAAGGAAUGUGGGAAGGCCUUUGCUAAAUCCUCAAACCUUACUAUACAUAGGAGAAUUCACACUGGAGAGAAACCGUAUAUAUGUAAGGAAUGUGGAAAGGCCUUUGCUGGAGCCUCAAGACUUAGUGUACAUAGGAGAAUU